UGCAAAGGAACAGGAUUAGAGACAGCCCAGGGUUUCCUUUUCAAGGAGGUUUAAAACAUUUUUUUUUUCUCACUAACUUCCUUCCUGUUCUAACUGCCAGUCUCAGAAGUCAGAGUUGAGAGACAGCAGCACAGGACAGAGACGUGAAGCGCUGAAUAUCAAGAUGACAGAAAAGGACACAGAGCCACAGCUGGAUGAAGGUGAUGAUGAGCUGGACAGCAAGCUCAAUUACAAGCCACCACCUCAGAAGUCCCUGAAGGAGCUACAGGAGAUGGACAAAGAUGAUGAAAGUCUAGCCAAGUACAAGAAAACCCUGCUGGGGGAUGCUCCUGUGGUAGCAGAUCCAACAGUCCCAAAUGUGACUGUCACACGGCUCACCCUGGUUUGUGAUAGUGCACCAGGACCAAUCACCAUGGACCUUACUGGAGACCUUGAAUCCCUCAAAAAAGAAAAUUUUGUGCUAAAGGAAGGUAUUGAAUAUAGAGUCAAAAUUAAUUUCAAAGUAAACAAGGAUAUUGUGUCAGGCCUGAAAUAUGUUCAGCACACCUAUCGGACUGGGCUGAAAGUGGAUAAAGCAACAUUUAUGGUUGGCAGCUAUGGGCCCCGACCAGAGGAGUAUGAGUUCCUCACUCCAGUGGAGGAGGCUCCCAAGGGAAUGCUGGCCAGAGGCACCUACCACAACAAGUCCUUCUUCACCGAUGAUGACAAGCAAGACCACCUCACCUGGGAGUGGAACCUGUCCAUUAAGAAGGAUUGGACAGAAUGAGUGCACCUGCCCAUCUCCUCACCAUUCCUACCACCCGGAAGGAUCCUCCCAGCCACAUUGAUGGUCCUGACCCUCCUUCCUCCCUCAUUCCUAUUCACAGCUGGGUCCCUUCUCCAACACCCCCACGUUUUCUUAUUGAUGCAUCUUAUCCCUGGGUCCCUGGAGGGCACAUGAGGCUUAAACCCUGCCCACUCCCUGUGAGUCCCAAUGGGUGCCCCAUCUCCCAAGUUCCCCACCUCAGUGUAACAUUUCCCUCUCUUGUUCUCAUUUGAGCAACUAGAAGCCAAAAACUUGGCAAACUCCCAUUAUCAGUUGUUCGGCCUUAGGGUUAGUAGCUCAUUGCCACCCUGGAUUCCUUUGCGGUUGCUGCUGGCUCAAUGACUCCCUUGUAAUAGUCCUGCCAGUUGGGGUUCUUCUUUCGUGGGAAACACUGUACACAACACGAGAGAGUCAGAAUAAAAGGACUGUGGUUCUG